UCGCAAGACGUAGGAAGUUGGUACAAGUUACAAUGGAGUCCACUACCCAGUCCAGCAUAGCAGAACUGCUAAGGGAAGCGGCUGACAAGCUGGAUGAAAUGAACAGUGUUCAUUCUUCAUCGAACACGUCUCCAGCACGGUCGACUCCACCAGCUGCGUCGCCAAGACCUCCCGUCGAUGCUGAAGUGGCAAGACUUUUCAUGCCUUAUCGGAGCACGUCAAGGGGGUCUCUCAAUCCACGUCACCGGCCAAUACCCCGAAAUUUUGAGACAAGAGGAACCAAUGUGACGUCGUAUUCGCACACAUUCUGCUGUUUGAGCAAAAAGUCCACCACAAUCGCCCCAAAUCGCUACCAGAAACUGGAGCUAUGUAAUGCAGGCUUGGGUGACAAAAAAAUUACUUUUCAAGGCAAAGAGUCCUGCCCUGAAUAUUUUCAUCAAUGUCUGAUUGGUGCAUUUCGGAAACUGAGUGAGGCUGGGGGAUUUGAGCUUCUCAGGAUUCGAGGCGCCACACGAAGCCGAGAGUUGUCUCUCAUUCCCUGCCCAAAUACCGGGUAUUGUGUGAAAUAUCUGAAAUCACCACAGGCAAUGAUAGGGCAUGCUGUUAUUUACAUUCGGCCACUUCAGAAAAGCCUGAACAUGGAUAAAGAAGAUAGUGAGUCAACCACAACUGGACCUCUGAUUGCAUGUCUCUCUUGUGGGAUAGAGUUCCAGUUUGAUGCAAUCAAGGCGCACAGUGAGAUUUGUAAUAGCACGACUGGAGCUGUGGUACAGGCAGGGCCAUCUUCCAUGUGUGACCCCCUAACAGUCCCACUGACAGCCAGCCCAGGGUCAUCAAUGCCUUUGAUGCCGAGUGUAGCUUUGACAGAAUCCGGCAAUGAUUGGAGAAUGGCUCAUGAUCCACUCGAGGCUGUAAAGCUCUUCAGACAAAGUGUAAUGAAGAAUUUUGGUGAGGAACUUCACUUCAGAAUGGACCUCAGGGAUUCUUCUGAGGCUAGGGAUCGGGCCAUAAUCAACUUUUACAAACGACAGAAUGUGGACUGGACUGCUCCUUUAACCUGUUCUCUUGAAGGAGAUGCUGCAGUUGGGGAUGGCGUGAAGCGCCAUUGCUUUUCACUUGUGAUGUCCAGAUUGCAAUUUGGAUUUGAACUAAAAAUCGCUGCUGGAAAAACCCUGCUGUUUGAGGGUGAAAAAGAUCACCUGGUUCCUUCAGCAUCUCAAAUCUACAUUGAUAGUGACCUUUUUAUGGUUGCUGGGCAAAUAAUUGGCCAUUCAUUCCUACACAACGGCCCUUGUUUAAAUGGACUAAGUAAAGCUGUUGUACAUGUGUUGGGUGGUGGAAUGCCUGAAAUGGCCUCUAUUGAUAUCACAGACUGCUGUGAUGUCGAUGUCAGGGAGGCAGUUGAACUGUUGAAAGGGUCUACUGAGCUGACAGCAGAUCAGAAGCGGUCCAUACAGAGCGUGACAACAGGAUGGGAUCUUCCUGUUGCCACUGAAGAAAACAGGAGAUGGCUGACUGAGAAAAUUCUUUUUCAUGCUGUACUUUCCAGGUCAAAAACUCAAAUAAAACAACUACGAAAAGGACUCAAAGCAACAGGUGUUUUGGAUCUGGUAACACAAAGACCAGACACAAUGCAGUUGUUGUUUCCAAGAAGCUGUGCUGAGUUGCACUCACCACAACUACUUCUGGAACGCAUAAUUUGGCCAGCGGAGUCAGACAGUGAUGACGACACUGAUGACCCGAGUUUGGAUGAAAAGUGCCGCAUCACUGGAUAUCUGAGAAAAUACAUCGAAAAUGCAUCCUCACAAUGUCUGCAGGAGCUUCUGAAGUUCUGGCAUGGAUGGGAAGUUCCUCCAAAUAAUCUUUAUGUAGAGGUUGUACGUGGACAAAUGCCACAAUCGAGUACGUGUAUGGAGACUCUUAGGCUGCCGUCACACUAUACGAAAUAUGAAGAUUUUUGUGAGGCUCUUAACGCCGCAGUUAGUUCUGUCCCAACAGGGUUUGGGCUUGUUUAGUUUAAAAUUUUGAAGUUUUGGAUUGUUCAUUUUAUUGUUCCCAAAAAUGUUUUGUUGUUGCGUUUAAGUGCAAUAAAAACUUCUGUACCUGUUUGCUGCUAUUUCCAACUGGAUUUUUUUUUAAUGCAUUUAUAAAUCGACAAGAGCAUUUUUAUGUCUUAAGGUGUUUAGAAUGACAUUAAUGGAAAAAAAGCUGCUGAAAAAGUUUUGUUAAAAUGUUUCAAAGUGCAAUAAAAACAGUUCUGUACCUGUUAGCUGCUAUUUCCAACUGGAUUAUUUUUUUAUGUAUUUAAAAAUCAAGAGCAUAUUUUUGUGUCUCAAGGUGUUUAGAAUAACAAUGGAAAAAAAAAAAGUUAUGCUAAAAUGUUUCA